CAUCAGGAUGCGGUAGGGGGCGCUGUGUGCAGUUUAUGUUCCCCGUGUGCGCCACAGCCAGGGCCAGCAGAGGGCGCUGAGAACACUGUCAGUAGGCGGGCCCUGGCUUCCUGCAGCAAUAAGAAAAAGGAUCGAGGAGGUGAGGCGCAUCCUGAGCGCCUGCAGCCGCCUUCUGCCGCCCGUCCCGCGGGAGACACCGCCUCAUGACGGGCUCUCCAUGCUGACUGACCGCAGGACAUGGGAGUCCUCGAAAUCACUGACCAGCAUCCACUGGUCCAAGCAAUAUUCAAUCGCAACAUAGAAGAAAUACAACAGUUACUGUCGAGCCAGAAGGAAAAUGUCAACAUUUUGGACCAAGAGAGACGCACUCCCCUACAUGCUGCUGCCUACUUAGGAGACACGCCAGUUAUGGAACUAUUAAUACAGUCAGGUGCUAAUGUUAAUGCAAAGGAUUCACUCUGGCUUACUCCCUUGCACCGAGCUGCGGCUGCACGAAAUGAGAGAGCAAUCUCCCUCCUGGUAAAGCACUCUGCGGACGUCAAUGCUCGGGACAAGAACUGGCAGACUCCCCUACAUGCAGCUGUUGCUAACAGAGCUAUUAAAUGUGCGGAGACCUUAAUGGGGCAGAUGAAAAAUGUCAACACAGCGGAUCGCACAGGGCGUACUGUACUCCAUCAUGCUGUUCUCAGUGGCAGUAUAGAGAUUGUUGUAAUGCUGCUGAACAGGAGGGCGCACCAUAGCAUUUGUGAUAAAAAGGACCGGCACCCCAUAAUGUAUUCAUCUUACCUGGGACACCUGGAGAUUACAAAGCUGCUGAUAUCUCAGGGAGCAGAUGCCAUGUCAAAGGAUAAGAACGGUUAUACACCCCUCCAUGCAGCUGCUUCAAGCGGAAGGAUUGAUAUUGUGAAGUAUUUGUUGAAGCUGGGUGUGGAGAUAGAUGAACCGAAUUGCUUUGGAAACACUGCCCUGCACAUUGCCUGUUACAUGGGUCAGGAUGCUGUGGCCAUCGAACUGGUCAACAAUGGCUCUAAUGUCAAUCAGCCCAAUGAGAAGGGCUUCACCCCCUUGCACUUUGCUGCCGUUUCCACAAAUGGGGCACUGUGCCUAGAGCUGCUAGUCAACAAUGGAGCUGAUGUUAAUUAUCAGAGUAAAGAAGGGAAGAGUCCUUUGCACAUGGCUGCCGUACAUGGAAGGUUUACAAGGUCCCAGAUUUUGAUUCAAAAUGGUAGUGAAAUUGACUGUGCUGAUAAAUAUGGCAAUACUCCUUUGCAUGUUGCUGCUAGAUAUGGGCAUGAGCUGCUAAUUAGUACAUUGAUGACAAAUGGUGCUGAUACUGCAAGGCGUGGAGUUCAUGGCAUGUUUCCCCUGCACUUAGCUGUCCUAUUUGGGUUUUCAGACUGUUGCCGUAAGCUUCUUUCCUCAGGUCAGUUGUACAGCAUAGUGGCCUCGCUGAGUAAUGAACAUGUGCUGUCUGCCGGAUUUGAUAUUAACACACCGGACAACCUCGGGAGGACCUGCCUCCACGCUGCUGCUUCAGGAGGAAACGUUGAAUGUCUUAAUUUGCUGGCGAGCAGCGGCGCUGAUCUGAUGAGACAGGAUAAAUUUGGAAGGACUCCACUGCACUAUGCCGCUGCUAACGGCAGCUACCAGUGCACAGUGACGCUAGUCACAGCUGGAGCCAGUGUUACUGUGGCAGACUUUAAAGGCUGCACCCCUUUACACUAUGCUGCUGCUUCCGAUACCUACAGGAGGGUACCCCAUACGGUUUCUAAGGCUUCAAACCAGACCGAGCAUUCCAGAGCGGUGGACUCAAACUCUGGAACCAGCCAGGAGUCAGAAGAAAAUGUUGAGAAAGCUUCACUAGAAAAAGAGGCUUUCUUCGCCUUAGAGUUUUUGCUGGACAACAAUGCCGAUCCUUCAAUUCGUGAUAAACAGGGAUAUGCUGCCGUUCACUAUGCAGCUGCUUAUGGCAACAGACAGAAUUUGGAAUUACUCCUAGAGAUGUCCUUUAACUGCCUGGAGGAUGUGGAAAGCACUGUACCAGUUAGCCCUUUGCACUUAGCUGCCUAUAAUGGUCACUGCGAUACCCUAAAAGCUCUAGCGGAAACGCUGGUGAACCUGGAUGUUCGUGACCACAAGGGCCGCACUGCGCUUUACCUCGCCACAGAAAGGGGUUUCACAGAGUGUGUGGAGCUUCUGAUGAGCCAUGGGGCUUCCCCACUCAUUAAGGAUCGCAAAAAGAAAUGGACACCAUUGCAUGUAGCAGCUGCCUCUGGAAACACUGAUGUGUUGCACCUGCUGAUCGAUAGCAGUGAGAGACCGGACGUUACUGAUGUGAUGGAUGCACAUGGACAAACCCCCCUUAUGCUUGCUGUGAUGAAUGGACAUGUUGACUGUGUUCACUUGCUGCUGGAGAAAGGAGCCACUGUAGAUGCUGGAGAUAAAAGAGGGAGAACCACACUACACAGAGCGUCAGUUACUGGUUGUGAAGACUGUGUGGGGGCUUUGCUGGACCACGAUGCCUUUGUGCUGUGUCGGGAUUACAAGGGACGCACACCAAUUCACUUUGCUUCAGCUUGCGGCCAUGCUACACUGGUGCACGUGUACUUGCAGGUUGCACUCUCUACAGACCCACUGGAUGCAGUGGUGGAUUACAACGGAUACACUCCCAUGCACUGGGCUGCUUACAAUGGGCACGAAGAUUGUUUGGAAUUGUUACUUGAACACAACCCAUUUGCUUACCUCGAAGGAAACCCUUUCACCCCUUUGCACUGUGCAGUAAUUAACAGCCAAGACGGUACGGCUGAGAUGCUUAUAACGGCUAUUGGUGCCAAGAUUGUGAACAGCGAAGAUGCCAAAGGGAGGACUCCUCUUCAUGCUGCAGCCUUUGCUGACAACAUGAAUGGUUUACAACUACUGCUGCAGAACCAGGCUGAGGUAGAUGCCACUGACCAGUCAAGUCGGACGCCACUGAUGACAGCCGCAGAGCAUGGAAGAACUGCCGCAGUUGAGUUCCUACUGUUUCACAUGAAAGCAGAUUUAACUGUGAUGGACAUAAACAAGAACACUGCUCUUCACCUAGCCUGCAGCAAGGGUCAUGAGAAGUGUGCCUUGCUGCUUCUAGGGGAGACCCAGGAUACUGGCCUUAUCAAUGCAACAAACAGCAUGCUGCAAAUGCCGCUCCAUAUUGCUGCCCGAAAUGGGCUUGCAUCCGUCGUCCAAGCUUUGCUUACAAGAGGAGCUACUGUUUUGGCUGUGGAUGAGGAAGCAGGUCACACCCCAGCCUUGGCCUGUGCUCCCAACAAAGAUGUAGCGGAUUGCUUGGCACUUAUCCUAUCCACCAUGAAGCCUUUCCCACCAAAAGACGCCAUCCUCCCAUUCAGCUUCAGCCUCCUGAACAACUGCGGCAUCGCUGCCAAGACUGCCCUCCCUAAUGGUGGUGGCUGUGCCUACGCAAAGGAUCGGCAUGGUUCCAUUGCCAUGGAUGGCUGCUAUUCUGAGUAGCUCCUCCUGCACUGCGGUUACCCAAAACCUUACUUUAAUUUAUUUAGUGUAAUACUUAUAGGGCACUUUAAAGGAGAACAAGACACAACAAUUGCAGAGGUGUAAGCUGUGCCUGGGCUUUCUUCCUACGUUCACCUGCUCUCUUGAGCUGUCCUGCCCUGCACUGAAGCUUAUGUAAUAUUGUACCUUCCUUGUAUAUGGGAAGAAAGCCCAGGUUGGGCUUCAUGGAGUUUACUGAUGAGGUACAUCCUUUAUUCUGUUCUUAAUCAGAUUCCCUCGCUUUCACAAUGUCUUGUAAGAAGGUGAAAGAAGGGCAUCUUCAUAUUUUUCAAGGUUCAGUUAAUGUAUUUGCUGCUGUAAGGUCCUGAAAGCCAUUAUACAGUUUAAGGGUCACAAGGCCUUAAUAUGAAUUUCAGGGGCAGCUUAGCAAUUCUGUUUGGGUGGCAGGGACUAUACGGGCAAGCAGCACCUUAAUUUUCUAUUCCGGUCACAAGACUGGAAGCACUCAUUUCUAUAUACAACACUUUGAAACUGUUGCUUUAAUGGUUCUCUUACGUAAUGCCUAACAGAAUUUGGGCACUGCAAAUUUGCUUGCUUCUCUUUAUGCAAAUGAGGUGCUGUAAUUUAGCCAGCUGACGGAUCUUUAAUUGACAUUCCCACUAUGCACUGCUGCAAGAUACCCCUGCCAGUUAGGCACUUUAGUAACCCUGUGUUUCUAUGGCUUUUAUUCCUUUUUUGGGCUUCCCAUCAUCUGACUCCACUAGAUGUUGUAUCUGCCAUGUCAUCAGUAUUUGAAUUAUUUAUACUAAUCUUUCGUACUCCUAGGGGGCUGUAACUUUUUUGCAGUCUGUCCUGUGGCUUUCUAGGCUGCAUACUUUGUUUUUCCCAUCUCUCCUGUCUGGGAUCCACAUUGUUGCAGUCUCUUCAAUUCAUAGUAUAAUUUGCACUUGAAUUACACUUUUUAACCUAAAACGAUGUUCUAAUAGUGGAGUGCGUUUAUGUAUGAAAGGGUAUUUUUAGUACUAGUUGUUUACUUGAGCUUGUAUGAAUUGAAAGGUUUUUGCAUAUGUGUUUUAAUUAUCAAAAUAUAUAAAGAAUGGUGCUUUUUUUUUUUUUUGCUUUUUAUAUAUUAUUCAUGCAAUUAUUUUAGUAUUCAUAGAGCAAAUAUUAGAAUGCAUUAAUCCUAACCGUUCUUCUAUAUAAUGCAAUAAGGUAAGGCGUAUAGGGACAAUUUCAGCUUUGCAAGUUUCCAUGACUGUUACUAGGUUUUUUGGGAACUAUGGCAUUAGCUCCGAAAUAGUAUUUUAUUUUACAUCCCCAUUCUGGUUUUAUGUGUGCCCCUACAUACUUGCCCAUUUCUGACUUGGUACGUAUUUAAUGGAUCACUUUUUUUUUUUUUUUUUUUGACUUUUUUUGUUUUUGUUUUGUUUUUUAUUCUAAGAAAAAUAUUUAAUAUUGUGGCUUGUUACGGUUGCCGAAAGAAAAGUAGGUGGCAAAGAGAUCAAUUGUUAAUGUAAGAAGGAAUGUACGGUGCUAUGAAUUUUGGAUUUACUUUAUUUUUUAUUCCUUUUCCUUGCCCAUAUCCAGGCCAUAUUUCAUUACUUUUUAUUUUGCUGUAUGAUGAUAUAUUUAUUUUCAUUUCCUUCAAGGGUCCUACUACAUUUCAUACUUGAUGGGAUGAUACAGGUGAACAACCUUAGCCAGACUUCUGAUCAGGCUUUCUAUAGUAUAGUAGGGUAUGGGUCGUUGGAUAGACACAACUUAGGUCGAUAGUCAUUAGGUCGACCAUGGAAGGUCGACAUGCAUUAGGUCGACAGGGACAAUAGGUCGACAGGUCAAAAGGUCGACAUGGGUUUUUGACUGUUUUUGGCGUUUUCUUCGAAAAGUGACGGGGAUCCCCAGUUAGUACACACUGUCCCCUUGCGUGGCGCUUCGGGCAGGGUGCCCUGCUUCGCAGAGGUUACCGUUCCAAUCGUAGUACACGUGGAUCGUUAAGUAUGAAAAAAAUCCAAAAAAUGAAAAGAAAAAAAGUGAAAAACUCAUGUCGACCUUUUGACCUGUCAACUUAGUACAUGUUGACAUUUUGAUCAUGUUGACCUAAUGUAUGUCGACCUAAUCUGUGUCGACCUAACGACCGUAUCCCGUAUAGUAAGACCAUAGAUACCAUAAAAAAAUUUCAGCUAGGUCAGAUGGAGUACAUUCCAGACCAGUGUUUAUAUAACCUAUACUACAAUAGCUUUAGAUCAGUACAACAUAUACAAACGCUGUUGUAGUCUUGAAUGUAGCUAACAUUAGGGACACAAGUUCUUUUUCUUUUUUCUUUUUUAUAACCUUUUGUAUAACAGGGUUUAGAGAGCCUACAAAUCCAUGUGACGUUGCCAUAUAUUGCGUACAAUGGCUUUCAAUGGAUCUAUAACCCAGAAAUCUAAUGUUCUCAUUUUAUUUGCUAUAGUCGGUUAGUGUAUUCUGCUUUUCAUCAUGGAAAAUCUAACUUCCAUUACAUCUCCCUUUAUAAAAAUGUAUUCAUGUUCCCGAUAUCAUGAUUAUUUCUAUUGCACACUUCAUAGUUUACUGCUGUUCUACCAUAUUAGACCUCUCCUCAUUAGAUUUAGCUCUUUAAGGGCUCAUAGAAACCACACUUUUUUUUUUUCUAUCUAUAGCCGCAAUUAACACCAUAUAACGGCUACUACAGAUUCCAUUAAAACCUAUGAGCAAUGUACAGUCUUCAGUAUGAAUGCUGGUAAUGCCCUGGCUGUAGCAGCAGUCCCACCUUCAUCAAUGCUGCAUUUACACCACUACUUGUCCAUUCCUCAUAGUUCCAUGAGCUCUGACUGUAAGUGCCAGUUGGACACUGUUCUCCAAGUUACAAAUUUUUUAAAUGGGACAUCCAUUUAUUUUUAUUUUUUUAUCUUACUGCUUGACUUUUGACAAGACAAGUAGGUGUACCAAAAUGUAUGGUACCGUGGUGUUAGCACGUUUGCUUUAUAUAUUAAAGAAAAAACAUUGAGAAUAGGAGUUGCCAAAUAUGUAUUUUAGUGUCCAGGGCCAUGACUGUAUCAGGUUGAUAAAUCUACAAUGUCUAGGCCGACAUAAUGGUCAACAUGUUUUAGCAACAUUUGCAUGAUUUGCUAUCCAUGUGGACUACAAUUGGUAAUAGUAACCUUGCUCGAAGUGUGCCCGCGAGGGUAAAGAUUUGUACUGAUGAUGGUCACAUAACAUGAAAUAUAAAAGAUGUGGCCUAAAAAACCCUCAUUGUCAUGUCGACCUAAUGCAUCUUGACCAUAUGUUGCUGACUAUUGACUGUCUAACUAGACUUUAUAGAUCUGUUGUACCAUACCCGGCCAUGACAUACUUUUAAUUCUGUGGUGUCUUCACAAGUGAGGAAGGACAGAGCCUCAUAUUCAGACUACACCAUGUUCUCAGUAAGAGCUCAUGCAACAAAGAUUAAUAAACACAUCUCUUUAAUACACAUUGGCCACCUUCACCUGAUUAUACCGGCUAUUGUAUAGCCUUUAGCUGCUUUCAAUCCUCUUAUGUUUGUACUACAAGAGACCCUGCCAAGUUGCCUUACUUUGCACUUGCGUGAGGAGCGUCUGGUAAUGUCUUAUUAGACGUUGCACUAGCUCAGUUAUAUGAAUGAUCACAGUAACUUUGGAUUAAACAAUAUCUGAAAUGAAUGAAGAAGGAAAAACACUGGAUUUUAAAGAAAAUAAGAGUCAUGCACACAAACUCAAACAUUGAUUUGGAAAUAUAACAUUGAACUUAAUUGGACAUGGGGGGGGGGGUACCCAAUUACCCGCGGUACUGCUGCGGGCGCAAAAAACUGUUGUGUUUGCAUUUUUAUCACCCUUUCAAAUUAGGUCAUCCAAAAAGCUGUGGACCACUGUAUUAUUGCAGGUCUAAUUGGCACUUAUCGCGGAUUAUGCACAUAAUCCCCAAUAAGCGCCAGCAUCGGGAAUAAACUACCGGUUUAUCAGGGCUGAUGGGAUAAAUCCCAGUGAACCAAUUAGCUGCGGUAAAUUUCCGCUAAUUGGAUGCCGCCCUUUAUUUUUCCUAGAAAUAACUCUCGCUUCAGGAAAUAAAAACGCAGCCAUAUUUUUAUUUGAACAUUUUAUUUUUUAUCCGUUCUUACCUUUUAAAGACGACGUAUGCUGUUGAACAGUGUUAAAUUUAUUCUGUGAAGAAGAGACCGUUUUUAAGAUACCACUUUCUUGAACAGUACUGGUUACUGUUAUCUGUGCACACCCCCAGUAAAAAAAACAAAGCAAAAAAUAAACACUUGUGCAUCUACAUAUGAAGUAGUAGACUCCUUUUUAUUUUUAUUUUUUUGUCACUCAGACACAUGAUGAUAUUACAGUUUUCUUUCCAUUUUUUUUUUUUGUCUCUAUUUUUUGGGCUUGGGCAGAGGUUUUUGCACUAAUUACGACACAGGACUUUCUGAAUAUUCAGUAUUGAACAUGUUUGGUCUUGGCAGAAUAAAAAUAAUAAUGACAAAAAAAAUGUAAGCCACUUCUAAUGUUGCAGUUUGGCAUGAAACCUGUAGAUGGCAAAAUCUUAUUAUCAAGGAUUGGAAGUUUCAAUUUCCAAAAGAAUACGUUUACCAAAAGCACACGCACUGUAGUAAAAAUCCUUUCACAUAUCUAUGCCCUUUUAUUGAUCGUUAAACGAAAGUGUUACUAUAUUCAGUCAACACAGAUUACCUCAGUUUGCUGUUGGUGUUAAAACUUGAAUGGCUUCCCCCUUAGUAUUUACUGCAAGGGAGAGUCACACAGGCCAGUUUUCAUGUUUGCAUUUAGUGUUCAAUUCCCCCCUCCCCCUCCCUUGCAUAUAAUUUCUACUGUGUGCCUUCUUAAGAUGUAGCAUUAUCUGUAGAUUUCUCUUUGUGCAGAGCGGAAGGCCUAGGAAUAUGUCUACUCUGACUGGAUAGAUAGGACUGUAUUUAAGGACUGCCUCCAGCAAUGUUAUGUGACAUUAUACAUUUUAAGCUUUUGUCUCGCGUUAAAACGCGUGGGUCCAAAGAUGCUGAGCGGUAGUGAAAAGGGCUAAGAUGUUUUGUUGUGCAGAGUUUUUGUUUGAACACAAUAAAUUCCUUGCCCCUCCCAUGUUUUUCGCAUUACUUUAUUGUAACGUAGUGUUCUAGAUUGUUGAACCCUUAAAUUGUUGGCAUUAUGUCAUGUAUGUUAGAGUUUUGCACAUAAUGAUGGGAGAUGAAACCCUUUAAUGUGGUAUUUUGCACUCUAUUACUGCCUUUGUAGAAUCUGCUAGUCGCUUGUUUAACAAGAGGAACCCACAGUGCUAAUUGUUGAAUCAUUUCACAUGUAUUUUCUCAUCUCACCGGCUGCUUGUUUGAUUGCUGUGUGUUUUACAUUUAUUUUAUUUUUAUAUUCCUUUUCAUUUAUUUCUUUAUCUUUUACUUUUUAUAUAUAUAUAUAUAUAUAUAUAUAUAUAUAUAUAUAUAUAUAUAUAUAUAUAUAAUUUAUUUAUUUUUUUUCCCUGUAGCUUUUUUCCCCCUUCUUUCUGCAUGUUGAGAAAAUGAGACAAUCAAAGUUCUGUGAAAAGGGCUUUUAGCAGAUUUGGCCUGGCUGUGCAAAUUCUUUCUGCCCCUUCUUUCACUGGUGGGGGCAUGUUGCAGCAGUUUUUCCCCUCUACAUUUCCUUACACAUGUUAAGCAACUCUGCUUGGUCUUGUUCUCCUUUAAUGUUUAUAAAAUGUGCAUUGGCAGCACAGUGUGACAAUUCCAAGUAAUAAUUUUUUAGUGUUUUUUUUUUUUGGGGGGGGGGAGGGGGGGGCGUUGCCGGGCGAGGGAUAAGCAGCGGACGGUGCAUUAUAUUGCUAUUGGAGGGGUCAUGUCCGGUUACCUAAGUGCGUUGUUUACAGGGCUGUCCUGAAACUUCCAUUCCAAUAUCCCUGAUCCCACCCUACCUCCAAACUGCGCAGCCAUUUUCCUUGGGUAUUAUUUAUUCGUGAGAAUGGUGACUGGAGUUUUUACACAGCAAGUUAUUAUGCCAAAGUACCCCCUCCCCCUCCUCGCCCUGUAUUCACUCCUGUCCCAAUGUGUUCCAGUCCUUCAUCUGUUCAGUGAGCAUUGGAGGCCAGAGAACUCUUUUCUGGGCCCUAUUUUGGGUCUUUCCCUUCUGUGCCACUCUUAUAAUGGAAGUUUCUUUCAGCUCCUAAUGCAAAGCACUUGCUUCAUUAAUAAGCACUUUCUAAUGACUCUGCCACUGCUGCUGGUCUCUGUAGCACUUUGCUGUUACAGUUCAGUCCAAGAUCAAUGCAACAGUGUUAGGGGUAAGGUGUGUAAGGGUUUGAUUUCCCUUAACAUGAGUAAAAGGUGAAGGGAGGGAGUGAAGGUUGAUCUUUCCUUCACUGCUGUGCUCACUCCUGAUUGGAGAAGAUGGUAUUGAUGUAAGGUUAAGUUAAUAUUUUAAGUCAAUUCUUAAAAAGAAACAAAAACAGCACAAAUGCAUUUCACAAACAGGUUUACUUGCACUGCCACUGUAUAAAGAAGGAGCUACAUCCAUUUUGGAUAGCUGUCGUGAGCCAUAUUGCUGAAUGUAUCCUCUGACGUGACAUACCAAGUUAUUAAAUGGAAAUUGAAA